UGAAUGUUUGGCUUAUGACACGUAGAGCAGAUGACCCAGAGGUUAUCCAGACCUUGGAUGAGUUUAAUGGCCAACUCUCUAUGCUACCUGAGGAUUGUCGGACUUUGGAGGCUAGGAAUGCCAUUUUCCAUGAGUUGAUAGGUCAUGACAAUCAUGGAUAUUGUCGCACAUACGGGAGAACUGUGCCUCGAAGAGCAGUGUAUAAAGAUGGUACAGGGCCAUCACAGUCAGCACCCCAGCCAUCGACUAUUGUUCAGAUCACCCAGCAGGUUCGUGCGGAGCUAAGGGAUGAGUUGAGGGAGGAGAUGAGAGCAGAGUUCUCUACACAUUUACAGCAGCUGAGAGCUGAGAUGAUGGCCUUUGUGUCACAGGGGGCAAGUGUGGAUCCUAACAGACAGGCUCCUGAUGCAUCGAGUGGCCACUGGGCAUUUAGGGAAUCUACAGAAGACGAGAAUCUAUAUACACCACCACCAGAAGAUCAGGUAUAAAAUGUAACUUUACAUUCUAAGCUAAAAUGUAUAUUUGCAUUCUUUGCAUUCUAAGC